AUGUCGAAGGAGAUUCCGAAUUUGAAGGUUUCGGCGACGGCAGCGGUGAUGCAUGAGCCGCUGCUUCAGCAUCAACGGCAGCAGCCGCCACUGGAUCUGCAGCUAUCGCAGUUUAAUAAUACUUCGCAAGUUGCAAUUGUUGGCUCCAAUCUCUGCCCUAUCGAAAGCCUCGACUAUGAGCUUAUCGAGAAUGAUUUUUUUAAGCAAGAUUGGAGAAGCAGAGGGAAGAUCCAGAUAUUUCAAUACAUUUUCACAAAAUGGAUGCUGUGUUUUCUUAUUGGAAUUAUUGUUAGCCUCCUUGGGUUCUUCAACAAUCUUGCCAUUGAAAACAUUGCUGGCAAAAAAUUCGUUAUCACCUCCAACAUGAUGUUAGCCCGAAAGUACAUGGCAGCUUUCCUAGUAUUUGCAUCUUCAAAUCUUGGGUUGACAUUGUUUGCAAGCCUGAUCACUGCUCUUAUAGCUCCAGAGGCUGCUGGUUCAGGCAUACCAGAGGUUAAGGCUUACCUGAAUGGUGUUGACGCUCCAGCAAUUUUUUCUCUACGGACUCUGUUUGUCAAGAUUGUCGGUAGCAUAUGCGCCGUGUCAGCAUCUCUUAAUAUUGGAAAGGCAGGGCCAAUGGUCCAUACUGGAGCCUGCAUAGCUGCAAUAAUGGGUCAGGGAGGGUCAAAGAAAUAUGGGUUGACCUGGAAGUGGUUGCAAGUUUUCAAAAAUGAUCGAGACAGGCGAGAUCUUGUAACGUGUGGAUCAGCUGCAGGAAUUACUGCUGCUUUCCGUGCUCCUGUUGGUGGUGUGUUGUUUGCUCUUGAGGAAAUGGCAUCUUGGUGGAGAAGUGCUCUGCUGUGGAGAGCUUUCUUCACUACUGCCGUUGUUGCAAUUGUGCUUCGGGCUCUAAUAGAUGUCUGUUUGAGAGGCAAGUGUGGACUAUUUGGUAAAGGAGGUCUUAUUAUGUAUGAUGUCACCUCGGCAAACAUAUCUUAUCACCUCAGGGAUGUGCCUCCUGUUCUCGUUCUUGGAAUCAUAGGUGGCAUAUUAGGAAGUAUCUACAAUUUUUUACUAAAUAAGGUUCUCCGACUUUAUAAUUUUAUAAAUGAAAAAGGAAUUGCUUGCAAGAUAAUUUUGGCUUGCUGUAUCUCCAUUUUCACUUCCUGUCUUCUAUUUGGAUUACCAUGGCUUGCAUCUUGCCGUUCUUGUCCAUCAGAUGCAUCGGAGCCUUGUCCCACAAUCGGGCGUUCUGGUAAUUACAAGAAAUUUCAGUGUCCUCCUGGUUACUAUAACGAUCUCGCAAGUCUCUUUUUCAACACGAAUGAUGAUGCUAUCAAGAACCUCUUCAGCAAAGAUACUGACUUAGAGUUCCAUCGCUUAUCAAUGCUAAUUUUCUUUGUUACGUGCUUUUUCCUGAGCAUAUUUAGUUAUGGAAUUGUGGCUCCUGCGGGUCUCUUUGUGCCAGUUAUCGUGACAGGUGCAGCUUAUGGACGUUUUGUUGGGAUGUUAAUUGGUUGGCACUCGAACUUAAACCAUGGCCUCUUCGCUGUUCUGGGUUCAGCUUCUCUUCUUGGGGGAUCUAUGAGGAUGACAGUUUCUUUAUGUGUGAUAAUUCUCGAACUGACCAACAAUCUAUUGUUGCUGCCACUUAUAAUGCUUGUUCUUCUUAUCUCCAAGACUGUAGCCGAUGCAUUUAAUGGAAAUAUAUAUGACCUCAUCAUGAAAUCGAAGGGUUUUCCUUACUUAGAAACUCAUGCAGAGCCAUACAUGAGGCAAUUGACAGUUGGUGAUGUGGUUACAGGGCCACUACAGAUCUUCCAUGGCAUUGAGAAGGUUGGUAAUAUAGUUCAUGUUCUCAAAACCACGGGACAUAAUGGGUUCCCGGUGGUAGAUGAGCCCCCACUUUCUGAGUCUCCAGUUCUAUUUGGUUUAAUCCUGCGCGCCCAUCUUAUCACAUUGUUAAAGAAGAAAGCUUUCUUGCGAACUCCGACACCAAUUGGACCUGAUGCCUUUGUACAGUUUUCCUCUGAUGAUUUUGCCAAGAAGGGUUUGGACAAUGGUGAUAAAAUUGAAGAUAUAGAGUUGUCAGAUGAAGAGAUGGAAAUGUUCGUGGAUUUGCAUCCUUUCACCAAUGGAACACCCUACACCGUUGUAGAGACAAUGUCUCUAGCAAAGGCCCUCGUGCUUUUCCGGGAAGUUGGCUUAAGGCACCUGUUGGUUGUUCCCAAGGUUCCUGGGCGAGUUCCAGUUGUGGGUAUAAUGACGAGGCACGAUUUCAUGCCAGAACAUAUCCUGCAUUUGCAUCCUUUGGCGGCACGAGGCAGGUGGAAAAGUAAAGAACCUUCAUCAGAAUACAUCCAUUUGCAGUCCGAAGCAGCGGCGGCGGAAGCCCCUACAGCGGCCAUCGGGAAAUCCCUCAGUCUGGCAAAUCGACGCACAAUUGCUUUUACUCACACAUGGUCCCUUGAACCGUUGGCUUUGGGAUUCACAAGUCCUUGCCUCUGCCACCAUUAG